AUGAUUAGCAGCGAGUCUAGUGACGAGGAGCUCACAACGUUGCACCAAGAAGCUGUGACAACAGUUAAGUCUGUGCGAAAGAUCAAGAAGGUCAAGAAAUCGAUAACUAAGGUUUCAACUGGCGUUACUGAGGUUAGUACGGAUCAAAAACGCCCGUUGGAAGAGUCUGAAGACCCGGAACGUGCCCAAAGACUCAAACGUGAAGCGCGUAAAAGACGUAAAGUUGAAGAGAAAAAAGCUAGAGAGGCAGAUACGAAGCUUCAAGAGAAGAAGCAAUUAGAUCAUGAGCGAGCUGUUAAGGGACGUGCCUAUACAUUGAGUAUGGCUAUCCCUGGCUCCAUUCUGGACAAUGCUCAGACCAAGGAAUUAAAAACAUACUUGGCCGGUCAAGUAGCUCGCGCUGCUGUGAUAUUUCAAGUAGAUGAGAUUAUCGUAUUUGAUGAUCAAUUGGGAAACAGUGUCAGCACUGGAGCUCCAAAGAAGCGAGCACAAGAUUGUCAUGUAUUUAUGGCUCGGAUUCUGCAGUAUUUAGAGACCCCACAAUAUUUGCGCCGUGCAUUGUUUCCCAUGCACUCGGAUUUGAGCUGUGCCGGCUUAUUAAAUCCAUUAGAUUGUCCUCAUCACCUACGUGCACACGAGUGGAGUGUGUAUCGUGAAGGAGUAGUAACAGAUCGACCAUUAAAAGAGAAAGAAGGCUCGCACGUAUAUGUUGGACUACAGCGAGAAGUAGUCGUGGACAAACGUAUUCAGCCUGGUAUACGUGUGACAGUCAAGAUUGAUGAGGCAUCAAAAGAGUUUAAAAAGAAGAUGGUAGGUACUUUAGUUUCGUCAGCCGAACCUCGCGAGCAACUUGGCAUUUAUUGGGGAUAUACCACACGAUUUGCGUCUUCACUGAGCAACGUCUGGACCAACUGUCCAUUUCCUGGUGGCUAUGAUCUUAAAGUGGGUACGUCUGAGCGUGGUAACGUCUCAGUAGAUGAUCCAGACUUCACAUUGCCAACGUUCCGCCACGCACUUGUUGUGUUUGGUGGCGUUGCUGGUAUUGAAGAGUGUGUUGACGCGGAUGAAACGCUACCAGUGAGUGGUGAGGACUCAAACACACUAUUUGACAUGUGGGUAAAUACUUGUCCAGACCAAGGCAGUCGUACGAUUCGGUCCGAAGAAGCGCUGCUUAUUUCUCUUGCAGCUCUUCGAUCUCAUGUCAAACAUAGUGGACGAGCGUAA